AUGCCUUUUCUCACAGGUCCCAACGGCGAGCAAGUCGUCCCAAUCAGAAUCAACGGAAUCUCUGAGCCUCUGGACGCAACUCGUUUAAUUCCAGUCGAGUCCAAUGGUCAAGACAAGAUCGUUCACUACGCUCAAAGCGCAACUCCUGAGAUAGCCAUCAAGGCCGUCGAAGCAUCUCAUCAAGCAUUCUUGAAGUGGAAGAACACUUCAUAUGUUGAGCGUCGGGACUUGCUCCUUCGCGUGGCUGAUGUGAUUGAAUCCUGGGUGGACCGUUUUGCUCAGCUUCAAGCGGAGGAGACGUCGAGCUCUCUGGCCUGGGGCCGAGCAAACACAUUAAUCUUGACAAGAAUCAUCCGUGAAAUAGCAACUAGCAUCUCGGCUGCCACGACAGGCGAGAUUCCGCCCUUGGAGCUGCCUGGAGCACUGGCAUUGGUGUACAAAGAACCAGUCGGCACGGUUCUCACAAUCACCCCGUGGAACGCCGGCAUGAUCCUUUGCGGGCGGUCGCUGGCAGCUCCCGUUGCUGCUGGUUGCUCUGUCAUGCUAAAGGCGUCGGAGAUGUGCCCGCAAACACAUCAUACCAUUGUCGAGGCAUUUGAGGAGGCCGGUAUGCCCAAGGGUCUCAUCAACGUAGUUCAAGCCUCGCGUGAAGAUGGACCUGCGACGACCGAAGCUUUGAUUGCCCAUCGAGCGGUCCGCAAGGUUGCAUUCACCGGCAGUGCUGCUGUGGGAAGAAUCAUUGGCCAAACGGCGUCCAAGUACUUGAAGCCUGUGUUGAUGGAACUAGGAGGAAAGGCCCCAGCCAUCGUUCUCAAAGAUGCCGACGUCAAGCUCGCUGCGAAUAAGAUCGUUUAUGGUGCUUUUCUGCACCAUGGACAGAUCUGCAUGUCCACCGAUCGCAUUGUCGUGGUUCAAGAGCUUGCAGAUGAGCUUAUUCAGGAGAUGAAAGUUGCUAUCAAGGCACAAUUCCCUGACGGCGCAGGCUAUGCCGGCAGCAAGAGGUUGGCUAAGAGAGCUCAUGAUCUCUUGCAAAAGGCUCACGCAGCAGGAGCUCGUUUCGUUAUUGGCGAUGGAAGUCUCAAUGCAGACGGGUCCAGCUUGACACCGACUAUCAUCACAGAUAUAAAGCCCACGGACGAAAUCUUCCACGAGGAGAUUUUCUCCCCUGCUGCAAUCCUCACCAUUGUCAAAGACGAGGCCGAGGCUGUCCUCUUUGCCAAUGACACACUACACGGUCUGAACGCUUCGGUGCAUAGUCGCGAUAUCCUUGCAGCGAUCCGAGUCGCCAAGCAGAUCGAGGCCGGGCAAGUUCAUAUUGGAAACAUCACAGAGUUUGACGAGCCGAGUGUUCCGUUUGGCGGAACCAAGGACAGCGGCUGGGGAAGAAACAAUGGCAAAUAUGCCUUGAAUGAGUUUUUGAUGGAGAAGACGAUUACGAUCCUCGAUCCAGCUGCGGAUGCUCAUUUUGGAAAAUAG